GACUUUCAAUUAUCGUUGGAGUUCCAGUGUCACCACGCAGAUCCAGAAGCAAACAGUGUCGCUUAUAUUCCACAAACCUCUGAGGUGCACUACUUUCAGCAGCCAAGAUGUUUAACAGAAUGACAAGCUUGUGGAUGGGUGAUUUAGACCCAUACAUGGACGAGAGUUUCAUCAAGCAAGCUUUCAGCACGAUGGGGGAGACGGCCUACAAUGUCAAAAUUAUUACACAUCGAGUUACCGGAGGUUCUGCUGGAUACUGUUUUGUGGAGCUGGCAGAUGAAGCCAGUGUUGACCGUUGUGUCCAGAAACUCAAUGGGAAGCUGGUUCCAGGAUCAAAUCCGCCCAGGAAGUUCAAGCUAAAUUAUGCAACAUAUGGGAAAAGACCAGAGCCUGGUCCAGAAUUUUCUGUCUUUGUUGGAGACCUUACUUCAGAAGUGGAUGACUACCAGCUUCAUCAGUUCUUUUUGAAAAAGUUUCCCUCAUGCAAAGGAGCCAAAGUUGUGACUGAUCCCUAUGGCAACUCCAGGGGUUAUGGCUUCGUGAAGUUUAGUGAUGAGAACGAACAGAAGAAAGCCCUUGAGGAGUUUCAGAAUGCAUCAGGCCUUGGAGGAAAACCCAUCAGGAUCAGCAUCGCUGUCAACAAAGGCAACAAAUCAAACAAUUACCACAACCAGAAUCAAAAUUACAACAGCAAUUACCAACAGCAGUACUAUCAACAGCCCUACAACAGUUACUAUCCGCAGUGGGGCUACGAUCAGUACAACAGUUACAACUACGGAUAUAACCCAUAUGCUACCCCCCCUCCAGUUCCACAUGGGAUGAUGGGACCGCCCCCGCCCAUGGGGAUUCCCCCCAUACCCCCUGACAUGCAUGCAUCCACAGAGCAGUCACAUGACACCACUGAGGAUGCUGAUGAGGACACUACAGAAGACCCAAACCCACAGGUGGAUGUGGAUGCACUAAACAGGCAGUACAUGGAGCGCAGUGAGGAGCUCUACGAUUCGCUAAUGGAUUGCCAUUGGCAGCCACUGGACAGCGUCACAUCUGAAAUUUCUGUGGUAAAUGGCUCAUUGACUAUCUAAACCAAAUGGAGUCUAGGAUUUGAAUGCCUUCUGAAGGAACAUGCUUUUUUUUAUUAUGCUCGGAGAGAUUUUUCAGAGAAUGUUCUUUCUUCUUUUCCACCUUUUUAUUCUGAGCUUUAUCCUAGCAGGCAAUUUUUUUUCUUUGUGUGUCCAUGACCUUUUGUUUAAAAGUGAUGUUGUCUAGGUUUUGAUGUAUAGAUUACAUUUUUAAAAGGGAUGGAAAGCAACUGCUUCAGUACUGUCAUUUUUAACCAGGUGCAAUUCUUGCUAUUGCCUUAUUAAACUUUUCCAUAAGAAAUUUGCAGUUAAUACUCAUGAAUUAAGCAUGCUUUGUGGGUUUAAAACUCGUGUGAUUCUGAUAAGAAUUUUGUAUCCCUUUAAAAUAAUACCCUGUUUGACACGACAUAACUGGUGGAUUUGCAUUUAGAACUGUUUUUCAAUUGAUUUUGUUUUUUUUUUUUUUUAGAGAUGUUUGCUAAACGAAACACCUGGGUAAAAUUGAAUAACCCACUGACUCUAGAGUUAAUGCCUGUUCAGAAAUAUUACAUACUGAAGCCCUCAAAAUGAAUCUUUCCUUGAAUUACAUGCAUCUGGGUAUGUCAAUUACAAGAUUCUUAUUUAAUGCUGAGCUCAUCAGAAAUCCUCUGGGUAUUUUUGUAAUAAAACCAAUUGAGAUAGUCAAGUAUGAACCUAAUAAAACAAAGUGAUAUCUCAUGUGUUUGCAUCUAUAAUUUUGUCUGAGAAGUCCGUUUUAUAGGAUUAAAACGGUUUCUAAUGAAUUGAGAAAUUGUAGCAUCUGUUCUGCCACUCCAGUUAAAAUUUGUAUUAUGUGCAUUUUGUUUACAUACACCCCAAUAUGCCGAUGGCUUCAAAAAAUAAGCUUAUUUAUUAAAAAAAUAAAAAAACUCAAUGCAAAUAUUCAAGGGUUGAACACUUGCACACUUUGGAUAAGCCAGUAAAAAGUACCUAUUGGAUAAGUCUGUAAAACCUCAAAUAUGACCGUACCAAUAUAAACAAACAGUUUAAAGUGUUUACGUGAUGUUACACUUAUUCAGCACAACUGGUGUAAGAUUGUGCAUGUAAACAUGCUCAGUGUAAAUUUGCAUUCACUUUAGGGAGCAUUGCUGUGUCCGACUAUGCAUACCUCUCUAUUAUAUAUUUAUGCCAAUGGAUUAGGGUGUUUUAAUGGUCAUUAAAGAGAAGGGAAGGAGUACCCGAAUGACCUACUAUUUCUGGCUAGUGUCAUCAACUAUGGUGUGUGUGUGUGUGUGUGUGUACUGCGUGUACUGUGUGUACUGCAGCACAGC